CACAUAGAAACAGUAGAGAGAUUUGGUGUAUAAUUAGUGUGAAACGUGACACUGACCUCAAUCUCAAUCCCGUCGACCUCAACUAUUAUUGCCACAAAUCAUCGCCCAAUUUAACCAUUCAAACGGCUCCUUAAAUGGAAAGCGCGUCCAAUGUAUUCAAUUCACAUCCUCUGCCGCACCAACAGUUCACUUCACGGAUCGCUUUCGCCAAAGAGUCUAAUGUUGACCACACUCUCAGUCAAAUCAGAUUCAAAUCCUUGUCGAACAAAAAAAUCACAACAAGACUUCCACCAAUUGCCAGAUUUGAUAGUCCCGGCAAUCGUCGCCAAUCAUUAACUAAUAGCUACAGUCAGAGUAUGGAUAGUAUUGAUGGCAGUUAUGAGUUGAAUGAUAAUCAUAUGAACACCGGUUUGGAUGAAAACAUGAGAAUCAAACAAUUGGAGGCAAACAUUAAGUUUGUGAAAGAGGACUGUCAGCACAUUCUCGAGUCACUCCAUCACGAGUUGGAAGAGUUAAGGAUUCAGAACAGAGAUCUUCAGUAUGAGCUCAUUAUGAAAGGUUCGCUUUCACCACAAAUGCCUCAUUCAUUGGCCAAAGAAGACAUGAUUUUAAUGCCAUUUAUUAGAGGUAAAUGUAUUGAGUUUUUGAUUUGA